UAGUUAGUAACCGGGAUCGGCCUAAAAUAAUGUUUGUGUCAUGCCAAAUUUGGAUGAUUUUUAAAUAUUAAAGGACAUUGAGUUUAUUUUCUAUUUUUAUAUUGUUCAGAAAGAAAAGAAAACAGUGUCUUUUUCACUGCAUCAACAAGGCUAUGAAAGAGCGCAAACAGCACGCUGGUCACAUGUUGCAAGAAACUUUUUUUCGAAAUCCAGUGAUGCUUCAAAGGUCAAAGUACAGUCGAUUUAAGGAUGACUCCUUAAACUCCACAGAUGAAAGUGUCUCUAUGAAUGCCAAAGGUUGUGCCAACUCUCAUGUGUCCUCUCCUACUUGUUUACCAAACGAGAACAUUAAACUAGUGACGCAAAACAGUUCAAAAACAUUAUGCACUUUAAUACCAAAAAUGUCUAAUUUCAAGUUGUCUAAACCAGCCAACCUGUUAGGUCUGAAACAUUUCUCUCUGGGGACAAAACAAGUGCCAAAAAUAAAACUAACAGAAAGACUCCCCACUGCAGCCAGCCCAACCUCUGCAGAAGUGCAUUUCAACAGUUACUUGUCUGCUUCGCACCUAAGACAGGAUGUAGAUGCAAAUAAACCCCCUCAACCUUACAGCGUUCUCUUCGAGACCGAAAAAGAAAGUCAAACUCAGCAUGUCAUUCAGAGCAAUAUGGGCAAAGGUCUCUCCUAUUGUGUAAAAUACAUGGGCUGUAUUGAAGUACUGCAAUCAAUGAGAUCGCUUGACUUUGCCACAAGAACGCAAGUUACAAGGGAAGCAAUAAGUCGACUUUGUGAAGCUGUGCCAGGUGCAAAGGGAGCUACAAAGAAAAGGAAGCCGCCUCUGAAAUUUCUGUCCUGUGUACUGGGGAAGAGCAACUUACAGUUUUCUGGACUGAAUGUUAAACUGACCAUCUCAACAAACAGCCUGACUCUGACAAACAUGGAAACCCAACAGGUAGUGGCAAAUCAUCAUAUGCAGUCAAUUUCAUUUGCUUCAGGUGGAGAUCCAGAUACAACAGACUAUGUGGCAUAUGUUGCAAAGGAUCCAGUUAACCAAAGAGCGUGCCAUAUACUAGAGUGCUCAAACAACACAGCUCAAGAGGUGAUAAGUUCUAUCGGACAAGCUUUUGAACAGCGAUUCAAACAGUACUUGAAAAGUCCAUCUUGUUUGAUAGAUUCCCAUGAAAGUUUGGCAUUAAAUCCUGCUAAAGCGUCUCUGAAAACUGAAGAUCAAGAGGUCCACGAAUAUUACAAUGAGAUGCUAAGAAAUGAACCACCAGCUGGCAGCUUACUUGAUAAGAAGAUGAGAAUAGAGACCGUGGAAAACUUGUCUGUAACUGAUGGACAGCACAGUUUGAUGGAUAACUCUAAAAGUGUCAAUAUAUAUGAAAACUGUCCAGAGAACCACAAUAUAGUAGGUCAGACAGCUCAAAAACUACUGAAGAUGCCAAAUGGCAGAGGAGAACUUUUUGAUGACCCACGUUAUAUAAAUACAGUGCCAAAAACGGAUUACCUAGACAGGAAUGAAACAUCUGAAAACUCCAGUCUUAAAACAAAAAUUCAAGAACCUAACCAGCAACUUCAAGAAAGUAAAAAUUGUCUGUGGAACUCGAUGCAAAGAGAAGAGUGGUAUCACGGCAAAAUGAGCAGAAAGGCUGCAGAAAGUCUUUUAGUUAAUGACGGAGAUUUUCUUGUUAGAGAAAGCUCAACAUCGGCUAGUCAGUAUGUGCUAAGUGGCCAACACAGAGGGAUUCCAAAACAUUUACUGCUGGUUGACCCUGAGGGAAAGGUUAGGACUAAAGAUGAUACUUUUGAAGAUGUGAGUCAUCUAAUCAAGUAUCAUGUAGAAAACAAGGUGCCAAUCAUCUCAUCUGGGAGUGAACUGUAUCUCAAACAGCCAGUUAAAAGACAAGAUAGCCCUGUGCUAAGGGAAUAAAUAUACUUUGAAAAGUCAUCUGUGAAAAUGGCUGCAUCCACCCAUAUUGUGCUUUCAAAAUAUGCAACAUGGAAUAUUGGUGCUUUCAACGUAUGACUAAAAAAAAUCAGAAUAUAAAUUGAAAUCAAUUUCCCUGGACUAAUAUAAACCGCAUACAUACUGGUGACACAAGUCUAUGAUCACACAGGUCUUCUUUCUACAUGUAAAAAUGGAACCCAGCAAGUUUCAAUGUUCUAAAUUUCACUGCAUAUAUUGCAGCUUGUAGAAGAUACAACCAAGUAAUAUUUGAAAGCACAAAUGCCCCCACAUCAAGAAAUGACAUGUGCCUUUGAUUUAAAUUCUAACAUACACAUUUUAUCAUAAGAUGAACUUAUAAACUUUUAUACAAUAUGUUGGUUUAAUAAAGCAUAGUUUUUGCCAAUAAGUCUGAUUAUAAUAUUAACUGAUACAAUUAUUUAUAUCUUCAAAAGGAGUAUAUUCCAAAACUUGCAAGCUGAAUAUAUAUACACAUAUGUUCUUUAUGUGUUGAGAUAGACAUUUUACAUUUUAAACAUUCUCCAAUCAUAGCCAUUUUAUUAAUAUUUAAUCAUAUCUGCUCAAAUCUCUAACAAAUUAUAAAUGGACCUGAGCUAUUCUUAUAUUUACAUUUCAGCAGCACUUUAAAUAUUUUUUUUGGUUAUUACAUUUGUGUUUUAAAGUGUUGACGAGUGGACAAUGAAACUAUAUGCAUGUUUAAUAGUUUGUAGAGUGCAUCAGGGGCAAUGUUUAUAAAAUUAGGUUCAAAAGAUUUUUCUUGAAUACCAAAUGCUAUGUUUAUAUAAUAGUGAAAAGUAGAUGAUAGAUCCUAUUUUUAUUUUAAAUUGCUUUAUUCUUCCAUUACAACAUAACAGCAUUAUUUUUAAUAAACAUAAUGUUUGUACAUAAAA